GGAGAGGGAGAGAGAGGGGGAGACAGACGCGGGGCUGCUCGGUGUGUGUUUGUGCCAACUCAGAUGUGAUAGAGCUCCAGCUUUGCUCUCACAUCACCUCCGUCACAACACAUUCGUGGCGCAUUAAAACCACAACUUUAAACUUUUUUUUUCACCGCAGGACCCUAAAAGCCGAAUAACCGCCCCGGAGGUUGUGUUUUUUUUAUUCCGGCCGCGCUUUAAAUCCUAAACCCGUCUCUCUGUAGAGUUGGCGUUAGUUUGUCUCCUGUGCUGGUGUGUGUGUCACCGCUAAAUAACACACACUCUCUCAUUAGAUCCCAGCCUUUCCGUGAUCAGUAACCCGACACGGGAACAUUUUUAUCUUACUGACCCUCGCAGAGUCACUGUUAAUCAUUUGUUUACCAAACAACCCCAGGCUGAAGUAACGUUAGACCAGCUCUGGCCAAUACGCACAUUUAUUUCUCCAUGUUCUUUUUAAGUUGCCUGGAGAUAAUUCUGUCACCGAUUUCAUUCCUAACUCUUUAUGCACUUAUGCAAAAACAAUAUAUGCAAAUCGUAUUGAAAUGUUAUUUAUUUUUAUUUAAAAAAAAAAAGGAAUUAAUGUUGUUGCUAAUUUUGGUCGGGCAUCAUAACGGGCAGCUAUGCUUGUGUUAGGGGGCGUGGCCUUUUAGGAAUGUUUCGCUGGGUCUGUUUUUAGCAAGGAAGCCUUUAGCAGCGAAGUGUCGAUUUAAUGCUUGAUUUUUUCUAAACUUUGCUUUAAUUCACGGCUGAGUUUUGUGUAUUGUGUUGUGUUUGACGGACCGCGUGUUUCUCUCUCGCUCUCGCGCGCGCUCUCGUUUUUAAUCUGGAAAUAAUAAAGCUCCUCGGAACGCUAACUUAACGGAGACUGAUGCGUUUCAUCCGUCGGGUUUGUAAACAGCUGCUUUGGCCAUAACAUCAGCGCGAGACCGCUAUUUUAUCUUUGUGAUGAUGGUUCUAGAUUAUUACGUCAUCUGUCCGCUGUAGCCAAUGGGCGCCUCGCCGAAGGCUCACGUGACCCAGUCAAACCGUUCCCGCUGUUUAUGAUGUGCAGAGUAUACUGGAUGUUUUCCUCUUUUUAUUUAUUUAUUUUACGCAAUUAAAUGCACGCUCCUUAUUUUAAUUAUAACUUAAAAAGUGUUUAUUGAAAUGACUAAUCUAUUGACACUGAAACUAGUUUGGUGAGUUAUUUGGAGACGGCGGCUGCUGACCAUGAAGCGAAGCCGUGUUCCCAGCACCAGUGAGGAGUCCGAUAAUGGAAGUAAUUGCACAUCAUGGUCUCAGAUGUCAAACUCCCAUCACAGAAGACAAGAUGGGAAGAGACCGUCAGAGGUGUUCAGGACUGAUUUCAUCACAGCGAUGAAGCUUCACGACUCGUACCAGCUCAAUCCAGAGGAUUAUUACGUGCUUUCGGACCCCUGGAGGCAGGAAUGGGAAAAGGGUGUUCAGGUUCCUGUGAGCCCCGAGUCCAUCCCCAAACCUGCAGUACGCGUUGUGGCAGAGAAAUUGCCCGGUUUGUUGUUCACGCGACCGAAGAAGCUGAUUCGCUCGUGGGGUCCAGAGGCAUCAGUGUUGGGGUACGUGGGUAUCGGGACGCUCUCUGAGGGGACGUGUCGCUAUGACCUGAACGAGGAAGAUGUCGCCUGGCUGGAGGUGGCUAACAGAGAGUUCAGUCAAAUGGGCAUGCAGCUGCUGGACGAAAACACCAUGGAGAGACUCAUGGAGGAGUUUGAGCGCCGUUGCUAUGACAACAUGAGCCACGCAAUGGAAACGGAGGAGGGGCUUGGGAUCGAGUAUGACGAGGAUGUAGUGUGUGACGUCUGUCAGUCGCCUGAUGGAGAGGACGGCAACGAGAUGGUGUUUUGUGACAAGUGCAACAUAUGUGUGCAUCAGGCGUGUUAUGGCAUCCUGAAGGUUCCAGAAGGCAGCUGGCUGUGUCGGACAUGCGCGCUGGGCAUCUCACCUAAAUGCCAGCUCUGCCCGAAGAAAGGUGGAGCCAUGAAGCCCACCCGCAGUGGAAGCAAGUGGGUCCAUGUGAGCUGUGCCCUGUGGAUACCGGAGGUGAGCAUAGGUAACCCAGAGAAGAUGGAGCCCAUUACGAGUGUGUCUCAGAUCCCUAAUAACCGAUGGGCUCUAAUCUGCUGUCUGUGUAAAGAGAAGACCGGAGCUUGCAUACAGUGCUCGGCUAAGAGCUGCCGCGUGGCCUUCCACGUUACCUGCGGCCUGCAGCACAGCCUGAAAAUGAACACCAUCCUGACAGAUGAGGACGAGGUUAAGUUCAAAUCCUACUGUCCCACACACUCUGGUAUGGACUGGCACGAGCAGAGCGGCGUGAUAGAUGAUAAAGGCAUCUCAGGGAGGGCGAAAGGAGCGGACGGAGCGCGACUCAGCGAAAGAAAACUUCGCGUGCAGCAGCUGGAGGACGAGUUUUACAGAUUCGUCAACAUCGAGGAGGUCUCCAAACACCUGCAUGUGCCACUGGAGAAUGUGGACUUCCUGUUUCAAUACUGGAAGUUGAAACGCAAAUCAAACUUCAACCAGCCGCUCAUUACACCCAAGCGAGAAGAAGAGGAAAGCCUCGCUCGGCGAGAGCAAGAAGUGCUGCUUCGCAGGCUUCGCCUCUUUACUCACUUACGACAAGACCUGGAGAGGGUGCGGAACCUGACUUACAUGGUGACCCGUCGGGAGAAGAUCAAGCGCUCUGUGUGUCGAGUGCAGGAGCAGAUUUUUCAUCACCAUGUCCGGCUGCUGGAGCAAGGAAGACUCUCUGGCAUAUCUUCCACCAGGCAGUUGGAGGAGGCCAUGUUCUACUUCCGGGUUGCGCCCUCCGCAUCCACUUCCCCCCAACCUCUGAGAGGUCACACGGCUCAGAACAGCGCCACUGAGCUUUCGCAGAGGAAGGGUGUCCCGCGUCACGGAGCCUCCAGACGAGGCCAGAACGAUAGGGACGAGCCUGCCAAGAUGGAUGCCUCCCUGCUGAGUAAACUGUCCUGCUCGCAGGGGGUCCCAAAUGCUGGCUGCGGUGGGAACGAAACUGCAGCGAACGAGACAGAGCGGCCUGUAGGAGAUCGGAGAAAAAGGAGGAGGAGCAGGAUUUGGGAGCAACUACCAGAGAGAAACAACCCAGGGUCAAAGGUCAUAGACGAGACGGCGCAGAACAGUAUAAUGGAUCGUAAUGCGGUGACGAUGUCAGAUAGCAAAGCGGCGGAAACGAAAACUUCUGUUACAGUGCAGAAUGUGUACAAUGGUUCUCUUAGGCGGAUGAUUUCAAGUCAGCAUCAGGGAAAGAUGAUGUCGGAAAAGGUGUCCAAUGUUAAAAACUGGGGAAGUUUCCGCAUUCCAAAACGAAGCGAUAGCAAAGGAUUGGAAGAAGAGCAGGAAGUGGAGGGGAGGGACUUUACCCAUUCUCAUCCCAUCAGAUCUCUAGAUGGAAGCCACACCCCCACCUCCCCUCCAAUCAGAACUCGGCUAAGGACUGGCACGGAGAACCGUGACCUCGGCUCGGAGGCCGAUCGCAGCCAAUCAGAGCAGAAGAAGAGAUGCCACACCCAGCGACUUCGGAGUCACGACCCGGUGACACAGCGGUACGGUUCGGAGGUGUUGCGGCGUGGAGUUCUCGCGUCAUGAAAUGACACCAUGAAAACUUUAUGUGAAGUUAUGUGUCAAAUAACUUUUUCUUGUGUAAUCCAAAUAAAAGCAGCACUUAGAGGAGCCGCAUGUAAGAUUUUCCUUCACAUUCUGAUUUCACGCAUCAGUUACAGACUUCAAGUUUAGUGUUCUUUCCAAACAGUGAAGUACUUUUGUUCCUGAAUGGGUUCUUUAAACAUCAUUCCAGUCCUGAGACAUAACCGAACCAGACAGGCUGAUCAUACGGACAUGUUUAUAUUCAAAUAGCUUGUUACUAGGUAAGUUUAUUGCUGUUGUGACAAUACGGAAGACUUUGCUUCACAAUAAUCUUACAUGUAGCUCCUUUUAAGCUUCUGUUACCGGACAGGUAUUUAUUUUUCUAUUUCAUAUCUUUCUCGAUGCUGCUUCUUUUUAUUUUGUACUUCAUUUAGCUGGCUUUCCUUUAUUUUCCUCUCGUUGCCUGCUACAAUGCAUAGUGCAUAUGACAAGGUCUCAGAGGCUGAAUGCUAAGCUUGUAAUCAAAGACAAUGAAAUUAGUUUAGCUAAUUAGCUCUUUUUUUUUCCUGUUGAAAACCUGUCAGAAACGAAAACAACUUUUUUUUUCUUCUUGAUAUAAAUUGCUUACAGCAGUAGUGUUGAACACUGGUCUGAAAUAAGUGAUGAAUCUUGCUGACGUGUACAAUCGUGACUAGCACUUAGUUCAGUAGGUUCCAGUUCAAGGCCUAGGGAAUUCUUGCACUGCACAGAUUUGUGUUUUUCUCACUCUGACAUGCCUGUUAAGCCCUUUAGCUGGGCUAGUCAUGUGCGUAAAGUAGGAAAAUAUGAUGUGCUGAGGCUCCUGGGAUUGGGAACCCCUGACUUGGUAAUGUAUAUGCAUACAAUUUAGUGGUAUUAUGUCAAAUAGAAAAAUUUGUCCUACAUUCCACUUGUUUUCAGCGUGCCCUUGUUGACUUCCCUUCGUGACUCGGGGAGGAUGAUGUGUGUGUGUUUUUUUUAUUUUUUAUAUAUAUAUGUAUAUAUAUAUAUAUAUAUAUAUAUAAUAUAAUCAGCCAUAACAUUCAAAGCACUUAACAUGACUAAUCUCACUCUAGUCCAAUUUCACAGAAGAGCUACUGUAGCGCAGAUUGCUGAAAAAGUUCAUACUGGCUCUGAUAGAAAGGUGUCAGAACACCGUGCAUCCCAGCUUGCUGUGUAUGGGACUGUGUAACUGCAAACCGAUCAGAGUGGCCAUGCCGACCUCUGUCCACCGCCGAAAAUGCCUACAAUGGGUACGUGAGCAUCAGAACUGGACCAUGGAGCAAUGAAAGAAGGUGGCCUGGUCUUCUUUUACAUCAUGUGGACGGCCGGGUGCAUGUGCAUUGCUUACCUGGGGAAGAAAUGGCAUCAGGAUGCACUGUGGGCAGAAGGCAUGCUGGCGGAGGCGGUGUGAUGCUCUGGGCAAUGUUCUUCUGGGAAACCUUGGGUCCUGGCAUUCAUGUGGAUUUUACUUUGACACGUACCACCUACCCAAACAUUGCUGCAGACCAAGUAAACCCCUUCAUGUCCAUGGUGUUCUCUAAUAGCAGUGGCCUCUUUCAGCAGGAUAAUGUGCACUGCCACACUGUAAAAAUUGUUCUGGAACGAUUUGAGAACAUGGCCAAGAGUUGGUGUUAACUCUGCCUCCAAAUUCCCCAGAUCUCAAUCCGAUCUAGCAUCUGUGGGAUGUUCUGGACAAACAAGUCCAACUUAAGUUUAAGUCGCAACUUACAGGACGUAAAGGAUUUGAUGUCUUGGUGCCAGAUACCACAGCACACCUUCAGAGACCUUGCGGAGUCCAUGCCUCGACGAGUCAGAGCUGUUUUGGGGCACAAGGAGGAACUAUACAAUAUUAGUCAGGUUUUAAUGUUAAUGUUAUGGCUGAUCCGUGUAUAGCUCAGAAUACACUCAUCCUGGCAAGCACAAGUACUUAAAGUGAGUCUCUUAGCAAUUUUACUGUCUAUUUGCUUUAAACUAUGCACAUAUUGGCCUUACUAAGUAGCUGGCAUUCUGACCAGCUAGCAGAUUAAAACCCAAUUUGAAUGCAGCAAAUCAUUAUAUAUUUUGAAAUAUAAAGAAUUUUAUUGCUCCUGUUUGGUUUUUAAACUACUUCACUCACGAUUACAAUUUUGAAAUCAGAUUGCGGUACCUUCUGUACUUUCUCUUCACUCAAUAUCUCCUCCAUUACACCUUGAGCUUCAGCUCAUAAAGUAUUGGAACAACCAUUUUUCAUAAGGGAAAAAGUUAAGGUGAAGUCAACCAGGGUGUGUGGGGAAAAACGUGUCGGAACGUAGAUUUGGCCUUCCAGACUAGGCUCAAAUUAGUUAUAAACACUUAAAAAUGAUUUUUACCAAUAAUAAUUUCUGCAUUUUUUUCGGGAGUAGUUCGAUUAAUUCCGGGAUCUACCCAUGAAACUGUAUUUAUGAAUUAAUUUAUUUUGAUGAUUUUUUCUUUUCUUUUCUUUUCCUAUGUAAAGAGACUGUGGCGCUCUGUUUUGUCGUCAUGGCAUCUUUCUCUCCUCAGGUAAUGCUUUAUUUUGUGCACUUCCGUUCCCCCAAAAUAACAACCAAGCCUGAUUCUUGCCUAGAAAUUGUUUUACAACCAAGAAAACAGCACAGAGUGAAAGAGUCCACCAGUAGACUUGUUUAAAGGAAACUGCCGCAAAAGUGUUUUUUCUUUGGGGGGGGAAAAAAUCCAAAAUUCUUUCUUUGUUA